AGAAGCCGAACGCAAUACAGUGGUCGGAAAAUUUUUCCGUCUAUGCAACCUCCGACGGCGACGGUGAAAGCAGCCCCCUUUCCCGCUGUCUCUCUUUUCCCACCCUCCACCUCCGAUAUCUCUUGCGCCCUCAGUCAUGGUAGGUUCCUUCAGUUUUUUUGUGAAGAAAUACGUGGUGAUUGGUCUUCGAAUUUUCCUUCAAUUUCUUUAGGGCAUUUGUCGAUUGAAACUGUGAUUGGCUGUUAAUAAUUUGUUGCUUUGCCAAAAAUCAUAUCUUUUUCUCUUUUUCUCUUUGAUUUCAAUAAUGGGUGUUGGGGCAACUAUUAGGUUUUUAGGUAUUCAGUUCCCUACCAAUUUCGUUUUCCCUCUUUUUUUUUUUUUUUUUCUGUUUUGGGGUCAAGAAUAAAUACCUAGACCCAUU